AUGCCGCGUUUGACAAGUCGAAAAGCUGCUUUGGCCCGGUUGGGAAAUAAAAGGGAAAAAAGUGCUGCUUUUAACACAUCACUUGCUGCAAUACAAGCACAGGUGAAAAGAGAAUUAGAGAUGGAGAAAUAUGCUGCUGAGAGUUCUCAAAGAAGAGGUAGUUCUGAAAUUAGUGUUCCACGAACAAAAGAAUUAGAGGCCUCAACACAUUUAGCAACCAAAGGAGUUUAUUUUAGAUGCCCUAUGGUUAGCGAUGAGAUUUUGCCAAAAGAUGAAUGGAAGCCCAAAAUUAGGGAAUUUCUUUAUGAACAACUCGCUGAUGAGAGAGGCCUCACUUCUUGCCUUAUAAUACAUUCCCUAAAUACAAAAGAAAAGUGUGAAUCAUGCUGUGAAUUACUUAAGAAAUAUCUAGAAAACAUAAUUUCUCAUCCUGAUGAAGAAAAAUAUCAUAAAAUUAGAAUGUCUAACAGAUUGUUUGUGGAACGUGUGAAACCUGUUGAAGGUGCCCUGGACUUCUUACUUGCCGCUGGAUUUGUAGAACAAGUUUGUGAUGGACCUGAUGGUUCAGAAUGUUAUUUAGUUUACCAGAAUACUUCUGAGGGCACUACUAAUUUAGAAAUUUUACUUGAUGCUCUGCAAAGUGCAGAACCAUUGUCGCUAGAAUUGGACAGAUGUUUACAAGUAUUAUUACCGUCCCAAGCAAAUAAAUGCACAGAACUUCCACCUGCUUUUUAUGCUAUUACAUCUGAGGAAUUAAAGAGAGAACAGCAACAAAGAACAGAGUCAAUAGAGAAAGCACAAAUGCUAAGAACUAAAGCGAUGAGGGAAAAGGAUGAAAUGAGAGAGUUACGUAGAUAUAAAUACGCCUUGAUAAGAAUACGUUUUCCUGAUGGAAUCUUUUUACAAGGUACAUUCAGUGUAUAUGACAAAAUAUCUCAAAUAUUUGAUUUUGUUCGGGGAGCUCUGCACAAUGAAAAAGCAGGCUUUACUCUCUUAACACCAUCAAGUACUAUUCUUGAUAACGAAUCAAAUGACCAGACCUUGUUAGACAUGAAAUUGGUACCAGCAACAGUCUUGCUUUUUUCUUACAGCGAUAGUUCUUCUACAAAUUUAUUUUUGAAGCCGGAACUAAUGUUACUUGUUCAAGAAAUUUAGGUUGCAGGAAUGAAAGUCUCAGGUGCUUAGAUUAUUUUUAAUGCAAUUUUUGCAUUUUGUUACUUCUGUGUUGUUUGAUAAUUUAUAAAAAAUAUAUUUUCAUAUCACGUUUUUUUAAUUUUUCAUGCUUCUCUUGUCAAUUUGAUGAAUGUAUUUAUUGUUGAUUUAAUUGCCAAUAAUAUAUACAGUAAUACCCCGCUUAACGCCGUUUUGUUUAGAGCUAUUUCGAUUUAGCGCUCGUUUAUUUCAACCCAGGUUUUGAAAGGGAAGUUGUUGAAAAAAUAAUUCAUGAAACAGUGCAGUUAUUCUAAUGAUGAAGCUCAAGGAAUAAACUGAACAAGAAGAAAACAAAAGUGUUGAUGGCAGUGAUUCAGAGGAAGAGCAAAAAGAACUUUCAAUGGCAUUUGUAAAACCAUAACUGAAAUUAUGGAUCAAUUCAUUGUAAAUGAUUUGAAUUUUGACAGGAGCUCAAAAGUAAGGUGUGAUGUUAGCGAUGCUCUAUCCUUUUAUGAAGAACUUUAUAUAGAGAACAAUGCAAAAGAAAGGCAAACAACAUCAGAUAGAUGCUUUUGUCACAAAAAGGUUCUGCCUUUUUGUGACUGAAAACAUGGAAGGCUAACUAAAUAUGGAUGACUUCAAAUUUUAUUCGUUUUCUCAAGAAUAUUCGUUUUGCUCUUUAUAUUUUGUUUUUAUUAUUGCAAGAAAUAACAACAUGGUAUUAAUUUGGGCUUUAGUGAAAAAAUGUUUAGUUUUAUUUUUAUUAAAAAACAUGCCUUUUGAAUUUAAAAUCUAAUCUAUU